AUGUCUUUGAUACCGCAGAAGAAAUUUGUGCUCAUCUUUCUGAUGAUCCAGGUGGUUUCAGAGGCGAGGCAGCCGCUGUCCUUUAAGAAUGCCAAACAACUCUUCACUUUCAUGGAUGCAUUACCGGUGGCCCCGAGAUGGAAGUGUACGCCCAUCCAUACUGAUGGAUAUACAACUACCCACCCUGUGGAUCUCAUCUGGCGUGAUGCCCUGGAGGUCGUGCACCACAUUUUCGGCAAUCCAAUCUUCGCCAACCAUAUGGAAUACGACCCUUAUGAAAUCAAAGACAAUGGUGAGCGCGAAUAUGGAGAAUGGAUGUCUUGUGAACAGGCGUCCGAAAUUCAGAAUGAUUUACCUAUCGGGGCGACUAUCGUGCCCAUCAUUCUUGCUUCUGACAAGACACCAGUAACUCGACAGACAGGCUCGCUGGAGAUGCACCCCACAUUUCUUACACUCGGCAACAUCCACUCCGAAGUUCGCAUGAAGGCCACCUCGCACGCAUGGGCGUGCAUCGUGUACAUUCCAGUCCCAGAAUACAUAGUGAAUAGUGAAUUCUGUGGAUUAUUGGAAGCGCGUGUCUGGCAUAAAUGCAUGGAUCUGGUCUUAGAGAAGCUGAAGGUCGCUGCCGAGGUGGGCGAGUUCAUGGUAGACACCAUGGGUUGCCGCCGUUAUGCAUUCACACCACUUGCUGCCCAUAUCGCUGAUCUUCCCGAGCAAAUCAUGAUCGCAUGUGUCUCAAAAAAUGUCCGGGAGUUUCAGGAGUCGGCGAAGCAGUAUUCUCUCAGUGGCGUCCACCAGCCAUAUUGGCGCAACUGGGGGCGUGCAGACCCUUCAAUUUUCCUUGUCCCAGAGAUACUGCAUGCAUGCCAUAAAUUUUUCUUCGAUCACCCUCUGAAGUGGUGCAAGGAGGUGAUAGGCGCUAGUGAGCUUGAUGCUAGGUUCCGCAGCCAGCAUAAACGUGUGGGUACACGCCAUUUCACUAAUGGUGUCUCCCAUGUGAACCAGAUGACCGGACCUCCCACUUUCACAAGCUCUUCCCUCGACAGCAUGGUAUCAUCCCUGAAUGAAUUUCAUGCCUACAAACACUUCAUUUUAGAGGCGGAGGCUCGCACAGGCACUUCUGGCCCUAUCAGUCAUUUUCAGAUCCCCAAACUCGAGUCUUUCAAUUCAUUCGCUCGUUCGAUCCGACAAUCAGGUGCCAUCAUACAAUUUUCUGCGGAUGUCAGCGAACGGCUACUGAUCACACAUUGCAAGACACCUUUCCAGCGGACAAGUCACCAACGAGGCACAUUCACGCAGCAGAUUGUCAAUAUCAUCAAUCGCGAGGAGGUGAUGAGACAAUUUGACUUGUAUGCCCUCCUGCGUGAACGACGGAUAUCUCUCAUCAACGUCAUGGACAACGAGUUUGACGAGGUUGUUGACUUAGAUCCAACCUUUAACUGGAUAGCGCGCGUUGCACCACAAGAUAUGCAUCGUUUUCAGGCGAUUCGCCCCGUUCACAAUCACUUUCUCAAAGGCCUCCUUUCUGACGAGGCUAACGCUGCCUUUCAUGUUACCAUCGCUCAUGAUCUUGCUGAUCGUUCGCCCACUGCACUUGCUCAACUCUAUCAUCUCUCACAAUUUCCAAAUGUCCUUUCACAGUAUCUCGAUGGUGUAUCAGGUCGGAACUCACUCUUUCACGGUCGCCUCCUCAAAACAUGGUACAAAUUUAGGCUUCAACUUCAUUCCCGACUUCGUCCAUGCAACAUUAUGCCAAGCCAGCAAGUUCAGGCGUAUCCACCGUCUGAGACGCACCCUUUUGGAAACUGCGAUAUGGUUCUCCUCCAACCUACAAGUGCUAACCCGCAGUCCACACCAUGCAUUGUUCAAGUUCGAAUGGUGUUUAUGUUGUCGCCGCGAGGGUCGCAGCUACCAACAGAGCUCAAGGAGCCUCUUCUGUAUGUUGAGCUAUUCGAGAUAGCUGCGCCCCCUGAAGCUGAGCCACACAUUGGCAUGUACCGUGUUCGACGUUCAUUUUACCGUGCGCGUGAUGGUUCUCCGAGUCGCACAAGGAUCGGGAAGAUUGUACGGCUUGUUGAUGUUACACAUGCAGUAGAAUUGAUACCCAUCUAUGGGGAAACGAUGGACCGCUCUGUUUCGUCAACGACAUCUCUUGAACGCUACGAUAACUUUUAUCUCAAUGCAUUCUCUGAUAAAGAGUGGUACCACACACUUCACGCAGAUUUUGUCUAACCGUACUGUAUUAUUUCG